UCCCAAUAAACCCUAACCCCUCCGCAAAACCCCCCUGCAACUCCACUCUCUCUCUAUCUGGUCGUCGAUCUGCGCUUAGCGGAGAAUGGGGAGCAGCCAAGCGGCGGUGUCGUUCCUGACGAACGUGGCGCGGGCGGCGUUCGGCCUCGGCGCGGCGGCGACGGCGCUGAACGCGUCGCUGUACACGGUGGACGGGGGCCAGCGGGCGGUGAUCUUCGACCGGCUCCGCGGGGUCAUGGAGGAGACGGUCAGCGAGGGGACCCACUUCCUCGUCCCCUGGCUCCAGAAGCCCUUCAUUUUCGACAUCAGGACGAGGCCGCACACCUUCUCUUCCAUCUCCGGGACGAAGGAUCUCCAGAUGGUCAAUCUCACUCUCCGAGUUCUCUCUCGGCCUGAGGUCACUCGUCUGCCAUAUAUCUUCCGGCACCUGGGUCUUGAGUAUGAUGAGAAGGUCCUUCCAUCGAUUGGGAAUGAGGUUUUGAAAGCUGUUGUUGCCCAAUUCAAUGCGGAUCAGCUUCUUACUGAGCGACCGCAUGUCUCUGCACUGGUCCGGGAGAGCCUUAUUCAGCGUGCCAAAGAGUUCAACAUCAUCCUCGAUGAUGUGGCUAUCACCCACCUGUCCUAUGGCGCUGAGUUCUCGAGGGCUGUGGAGCAGAAGCAGGUUGCGCAGCAGGAGGCAGAGCGAUCAAAAUUCGUGGUGAUGAAGGCAGACCAGGAGAGGAGAGCUGCAAUUAUCAGGGCAGAAGGAGAAAGUGAGGCUGCAAAGCUGAUUUCUGAGGCAACUGCUGCAGCUGGCAUGGGGCUGAUUGAGCUUAGGAGGAUCGAGGCAUCGAGGGAGAUUGCUGCUACAUUGUCGAGGAACCCGAAUGUUGCUUACUUACCUGGUGGACAGCAGGCACUGCUGGCACUUAACCCGGCCAUGCUUGGUGGGCGCUGAACAGGGCCUUGUGAUAUAGAUUGAUGGCAUGACUUCAUGUUGCAUAUUUCCGGAGGUAGAGUUCACAGGGAGUUGUAAGCGUUUUUUUCUCUUUUGCACUAUUUUGGACAAUAAGGGGAAUGAAAUCCGAAGUGGCAACAGAAAUUUGGAACGUUAACUAUGUUGCUAUCCCGGGGUGUUCUCACAUUCUGAAUUGAUUAUUUUAUCAAGCGCUUAAACUCU